UAUUCACAUUAUCUCGAAAGGACAUUUCUAACUAAGAGAAAAGUCUUGCAUUCUCUCUAUCUAUAAAAAUGUUGAUUGUUAUGAUUGUGACUCUUUUUGCGACUGUGGCGUUGCAUCAGUUGCCUUCGGUUGUGGCUCUGGACGUCCACCUCCUUCCUCAGCUAGCCGCAAAGCACAAUGUCACAACAGUUAUUGUGUUUGGAGAUUCUAGUGUUGAUCCAGGAAACAACAAUUUCCUCAAUACUGAUUUGAAAGGAAAUUUCCCACCUUAUGGUGGAAAUUUCGUGAACCAUAAAUCUACCGGAAGAUUAUGUGACGGAUUACUUGCACCCGAUUUUAUCGCGGAAGCCAUGGGUCACCCGCCCAUACCGGCUUUUCUUGAUCCAACCCUAACCCAAGCCGAUCUACCUCGUGGUGCAAGUUUUGCCUCAGCUGGUUCUGGCUAUGACGAUCUCACAGCUAAUAUAUCCAACGUGUGGAGUUUCUCGACGCAAGCCAGAUACUUUUUGCAUUACAAGAUUCACCUCAGUAAAUUGGUCGGUCCAUUAGAGAGCUCGAAAAUGAUAAAUAAUGCGAUAUUUCUUCUAAGUAUGGGAUCAAAUGACUUCCUUCAAAAUUACUUAGUCGAUUUUACUCGACAAAAGCAAUUCACAGUUGAACAAUACAUCGACUUUCUCUCCUCCCGUAUGAUUUACGACAUCAAGAUGUUGCAUAGACUUGGAGCUAGAAGACUGGUGGUCGUAGGAGUUCCUCCCAUGGGCUGCAUGCCCCUAAUAAAAUACCUAAGAGGCCAAAAGACUUGCGUUAAUCAAUUAAACCAAAUCGCUUUUUCCUUCAACUCCAGAAUCGUCAAGAAUCUCGAGCUUCUGCAAUCUGAAAUUGGUUUAAAAACUAUCUACGUCGAUGCCUAUUCUACCAUCCAAGAAGCUAUUAAAACCCCAAGAAAAUUUGGAUUCAUCGAGGCUUCGAAAGGAUGUUGUGGAACAGGUACUUACGAAUAUGGAGAGACAUGCAAAGAUAUGGAAGUAUGCAAAGAUCCUACCAAAUACGUAUUUUGGGAUGCGGUCCAUCCAACACAAAGAAUGUAUCAAAUCAUUGUCAAGAAGGCCAUUGCAUCUAUUAGUGAAGAUUUUCUCGUUUAGGAUAUGUUAUAUGUUCGUAUACUAUCAUGAUAUAUGUCUGAAAAACGUGAGGAUGUAAUUGAAAAAAUCGAAAGAUGUUAUAUCUAAUAUUUCAAAACGAAGAAUACAUUAUAAUUGAGCAAAA